GGCCCCUCCCCGCCGCCGCCGCCGUCCCACGGCCCAGGUGUCCGCCGCGCCGCUCCCGUCGGCAGUCGCAGCGGGCCGGGCCGGGCCGGGCAGAGCGGAGCGGAGCGGAGCGGCUGCCGCCGCCGCGGAGGGGGGCGGUGCGCGGGGGCGGCGGUUCCGGGGCCCCGGCAUGGCCCGGGGGCGGGCGCGCCGCCGCCGCCCGGCCCCCUGAGGAGCAGCGGCGGCGGGCGCGGGUCUCGGCGGCGCGGGCGGCCAUGUCCGGAGCCAUGAAGUUCAACGGGUACCUGAAGGUGCGGAUCGGGGAGGCGGUGGGCCUGCAGCCCACCCGCUGGUCCCUGCGGCACUCGCUCUUCCGCAAGGGCCACCAGCUCCUGGACCCCUAUGUCACCGUGAGCGUGGACCAGGUGCGCGUCGGGCAGACCAGCACCAAGCAGAAGACCAACAAGCCCACCUACAACGAGGAGUUCUCCGCCGCGGUGACCGACGGCCACCAGAUCGAGCUGUCCGUCUUCCACGACACCCCCAUCGGCUACGACGACUUCGUGGCCAACUGCACCUUGCACUUCCAGGACCUGCUGCGCUCCGCGGGCCCCAGCGACAGCUUCGAGGGCUGGGUGGAUUUGGAGCCAGAAGGCAAAGUGUUUGUCGUCAUAACUCUUACAGGCAGCUUCAUGGAAGGGACCCUCCAGAGGGAUCGCAUUUUUAAGAACCUCACUCGGAAACGCCAGCGGGCUAUGCGAAGGCGAGUGCACCAGGUGAACGGGCACAAGUUCAUGGCUACCUACCUGCGCCAGCCAACGUACUGCUCGCACUGCAGGGAGUUCAUCUGGGGCGUAUUUGGGAAGCAGGGAUACCAGUGCCAAGUAUGCACCUGUGUUGUACACAAGCGCUGUCAUCACCUAAUUGUUACAGCUUGCACGUGCCAAAACAAUACUAACAAGACAGAUCUCAAGGUGACUGAACAGAGAUUUGGAAUCAACAUUCCUCAUAAGUUCAGCGUGCACAACUACAAGGUCCCCACUUUCUGUGACCACUGCGGCUCCUUGCUCUGGGGAAUUAUGCGGCAGGGCCUACAGUGUAAAAUCUGUAAAAUGAACGUCCACAUCCGAUGUCAAGCCAACGUUGCACCCAACUGUGGGGUGAACGCAGCGGAGCUUGCGAAAACCUUGGCAUGCAUGGGCCUGCAGCCAGGCAGCAUUUCUCCAAAUUCGAAACUGGUUUCAAGAUCUGCUCUGAGACACCAGGGAAAAGGCAGCCUAAAAGAUGGCGACAAUGUUAGUGAAAGUUCAGGAAGCAAACUUGGGAUGAAAGACUUAACCUUCCUCCGUGUGCUGGGAAAGGGCAGUUUUGGAAAGGUGAUGCUUGCCAAGAUGAAAGAGAGCGGGCAGCUCUAUGCGGUGAAGGUGCUGAAGAAGGACGUCAUUCUUCAAGAUGACGAUGUUGAAUGCACCAUGACGGAGAAACGCAUCCUGUCCUUAGCAAGGAGCCACCCAUUCCUUACCAAGCUCUACUGUUGCUUCCAGACCCCUGAUCGUCUGUUCUUUGUCAUGGAGUUCGUAAAUGGCGGGGACUUGAUGUUCCAUAUUCAGAAGUCGCGUCGCUUCGAUGAAGAUCGGGCCCGCUUCUAUGCUGCAGAAAUUAUUUCAGCCCUUAUGUUUCUCCAUGAAAGAGGCAUCAUUUAUCGGGACUUGAAGCUGGAUAACGUGCUGCUGGACGCCGAGGGUCACUGCAAGCUGGCAGACUUUGGAAUGUGCAAAGAGGGCAUUCAUGAUGGCAUUACCACAGCAACCUUUUGUGGCACACCAGACUACAUCGCUCCAGAGAUUCUGCAAGAGAUGCUUUAUGGCCCUGACGUUGACUGGUGGGCCAUGGGCGUGCUGCUGUACGAGAUGUUGUGUGGCCAUGCCCCCUUCGAGGCCGAGAAUGAGGAUGACCUCUUUGAGGCCAUCCUGAAUGAUGAGGUUGUCUACCCAACGUGGCUCCAGCAGGAUGCGGUGGCAAUCCUCAAAGCAUUCAUGACGAAGAACCCCAACAUGCGGCUGGGCAGCCUGGCGCUGGGCGGUGAGAGCGCGAUUCUGCGGCACCUCUACUUCAAAGGGCUGGAUUGGGACCUGCUGAACCAGCGCCAGAUGGAGCCACCGUUCAGGCCCCGAAUUAAAUCCAAAGAUGACGUGAGCAACUUUGAUCCAGAUUUUAUAAAAGAGGAGCCCAUUCUGACGCCCAUUGAAGAAGGAAUUCUUCCAAUGAUAAACCAAGAUGAAUUUAGAAACUUUUCAUUCAUGGGCCCAGAACUGCCGCAAUAGCUAUGGCUCUGAGGAAGGGCUGCUGAGGGGACGGGGGGGAAGCGAGGUUUACCAGAAAUUUCAUUCUCAAGGAGUAACAGUGCACUGACUUUACAUUAUGCAGCAGCACCACUGUCAACAUUAACCUUAAUGUGAAAUUGAAACCUUCCUGUGUUUGUAGGAUUUAUGCAGCUCUUGGAUCAAAUAUUGACAGGGCUGGAACAAACAUCAUUUUGUACAUAGCUGAUGCAGACAGAGAAUUGAAUGUCGAGCUAGUUGGCUCAGCCUGAACGUCAUUGCUUGCAGCUUGCAGUGGAUUCGAGGAGUCGGCGUGAGCAUGAAACAAGUGUCUUGCAGCUCUGAGCCAAACAGACUUGUUGUAAUACUGAUUGUUUGCAAGACUAUUUUGUGGAAUCCCAGCACUGUCCAGCGUUUUGGAGCCAUGAUCCAGCAUCCCAUGGCCUAACUGAACCAGAUGUUCCUUGUGACUUUACCUGUUUCUGAAGUAUUUAUUUCUUUCCAAAGGACAAAUGGCUCUCUUUGUCACUGGUUUGGGUUUCCAUGUGAAAUAUUUCAUUGUGCUGCCUAGCAGAAGGAAAAAAAAACAAAUGCCCUGUGCCCCACACAGAUUCUUCCAAAUCAAAGGGAAGUCACGUACUUGUAGUGUUUUACUGUUCGUGCGAUAUGAAAAGUUUUAGUGUUUGCAUUCUGUGAAAUGCCUUUUUACAUCAUGCAUCUUCAAUGCUCCUUUCUUUGCCUCCCAGCUGUUUUCAACUAUAAUGUAACUUGUAAAACCUUACUGUUUACUUAGGCCCAUUCUAUUUAAUUAUGCUAUACAGAGCCCCUUUUGUGGGUUUAGUGCCUCAUUAAAAUUUUGAUCCAAAGUA